GGCGUAGGGGGAACUCAGCAAACUCGAAUUGACCCAACCUCAGUUUCUUCCUGGAAAAACAAAAUGCUUCAGGCUUAUUGGACUUUUCCAACCUCAACCUUGGAAUUGGCCACUUCUCCAAGGAGCCCUGAUUCCUUUUAAGUAGUUGCAGAUAAGAAAACCAAGGCUCACAGAGACUGGUGACUUGCUGAAGACCACACAGCUAAUAAAUGGCAGAAGCAAGACUGGAACUUGCCCACAGGAUGGAAACUGAUUACUUGAAGAGAUGCUUUGGAAAUUGCCUUGCCCAGGCCCUGGCAGAGGUGGCAAAGGUUCGACCCAGUGACCCCAUAGAGUACCUGGCUCACUGGCUUUAUCAUUACAGGAAAAUCACUAAAACAAAAGAAGAGAAUAGGCAGAAGAAGAUCCAGUUGAAGGAGGAAUAUGAUAAUAGCCUCAAGGAAACCAAAAUGACAGAAAUACUGAAGCAAGAAGAGUAUCAGAUUGAACGAGAGUGUGAAAAGUUGACACCAGCCACUGAUAUCAGUAGCUAGUUCCACAAAGAAGACCAUAUUCAUGUAGGAGAACACAAACUCCUUGAAAAGGAGUCCUGGAAGCAGGAAUGCCUGUGCAGUACUUCUAAUAUGAUCCCAGGAGUGCCUCAACAGAUUCCUUCUUCCGACUCAUCUGGCCAGGCUGGCUAGAAUGUCAAAACUCCACAAGAAGUAAAUUAGUAGGCUUUUCAACAUGAAGUACUCCAGAAAUGCAUCCUGGCUCCGUAUCUCCUUAUGUUAUCAGAGGGUGGAUAAUUCUGAUGAUGCUUCUCUCAAAGCUGCAAGCCAAAAAACAGUCAUCUAGAAGAGCUCUUACCUAAAGAUGAUAACCGUAUGGAUUAAACCAAGAUUUGAGGGGCUGUGGAAGGAGGUGUCUGCGGGGACUCUCCAGCUCAAGUUCUAUUCUGAUGGCUAUGAAAAUUCCUUAGUUAUGUGGAAAUUUGAACUAGUUAUAGGAUAAAAUAAACUCAAUAAGGAUUUAAAAUAAAUAACUGAACUGAU